GGUAAACUCCCUCCGUGCCACUCACAAUUGUAAUCAGUCUCUGCGGGCGUCCUAGUUCGAGACUUGUGGCCUCAGGGGAUCGGGCGCCUGACGCAAGACACGAACACAUUCGACACUCUGCCGCCGUCUCGUAGAAUGCCCGGAAAUUAUGAUGACGUCUGUGAUUGGGUUUCUCUGAUGCCCUGCGACAAUCAAGUCCAUGACGGGUUUCGGGUGGUUCAGUCUCACGCGAUCUACCUCAGGCGCAUCGGACGAGGUUGAAAUAAUUUCCAUUCGUAUGCAAGGAUUCAUCAAAACUGUCCGCGUCAUGCCACUGGGUAACUGGAAUGGUCGCGUUCACGAUGCUGUGCGCGCUAUCCAAUACGUCACUUUACAUUCUGGUGGUUUCGAAUCCCCGUUCCAGGCACAGGUCAAUGCCCUGUCGGCCGUGGAUGAGUUCAUUUGCGCAUCGUUAGGUGCGGAAGUCCCCGUUCAUCGACCUCGCUCUCCGAACGAGAUAUUUCUCAAUAGGAGGGUGUUCAAACGGGCUGGUAUCGUUUACAACCUUCACACUCCAUACCUGCUCACGCUCCUUCACCAGGUGACCGCAAACUGUGAGCUUAGGUCUGUUCUAUCUCCUGCAGAUGCUCCGGACAGCAAAGCUCGCAAAAUCGCAAACUCAUGGGUCGUUGCUGACAAGCUCAUGCUUGGGCGUCAAGUUCCUGCCACUGAGAAGAUAGUACGGUGUCUCCCGUCGGUUUUCCAUGACGGAGACUUCGUCGAUGUGUCUUUUUCGGUACACGUGUCUUUGCCCAGGCAGCACAAGCAUUGCAACACACGUACCGUCGAUAUUCAUCACAACCUCGAUCAUAUGGUUCUCCUGUACUCAAGCGCAGAGCUAAAGAACAUCGAUUUAUACCCAACGAGAAAUUCAUCAUCAGAGGAAAUGUUACCGAAGAACCAAGAGAGCGGAUAUUCUUUGGACGAAUGUCACGCCGUCCCCGCAAAGGAGGACAUAUACGUCACUUGACGAUUGGCUGACGCGCCUUGCGGACCAAAUUGUACGACUGUCGCGGGAGGCACCCGUCACUUUUCGCGGCACCAGGCAGGAAAUGGAUGAGUGUUUCAAG